UCGAAGCUUUCAUAAUCAACGCAGCAAAGCAAGCACAUCACUCAAAAGUCAUAAUCAAGUUGUCCUGUUUAAUUUUUUAUUUGCAAAUAACGAUCAAGUAUUAUAGCAUCGGUUUCCUCAUGAAUAAAAUAAGUUGGUAUCAGUGUAUCACUGUAUAACUCAAUGUAUAUAUGAACAUUUAUCUGAAGAAACUAUUUACUAUAACUACAUACUUAUAUUUCUGCUAUUUUCCAAUUUACAACAUGGCUGAAUCAUUUGUUUUCGAUGUUGCUAAUUCACUUCUUGGAAAGCUUGCCUCUUAUGCUUAUGAAGAAGUUUCCCGAGUCUAUGGUGUGCAUAAAGAUCUACAAGAGAUCAAAGAUACUUUGUCAAUUGUCAAUGGUCUGCUACUGGAUGCUGAGUAUAAGAAAGACGAAAAGCACUGGCUGCGUGAAUGGAUGAGACAGAUUCAAAACAUCUGUUCUGAUGCUGAAGACGUAUUUGAUGGAUUUGAGUUCGAGCACAAGAGGAAGCAAGUUGCCCAUGCUUCUAACAACACUCAGACGAAGGUAGGCCACUUCUUUUCUUCCUCUAAUCCACUUGUUUUCCGUCCUAUGAUGGCACGCCAAAUUAAAGAGAUUAGGGAAAGAUUGGAUAAGGUAGCAGCUGAUGGGACCAAGUUUGGUCUCGCACAAAUUGAUAUUGGUACUGAACUAGUUUCACAAAGGAGAGACUUGACUUAUUCUCAUGUCGAUACUUCAAGUGUAAUUGGGAGGGAGAAUGAUAGGGAAGAAAUUAUCAAGCUUUUGAUGCAACCACGUCUUCACGGUGAUGGUGAUAGAAGUUUAUGUGUUAUUCCAAUAGUAGGAAUUGGAGGCUUGGGAAAGACCACUCUUGCAAAGUUGGUGUUUAAUGAUAAGAGGAUGGAUGAACUUUUUCAGUUGAAGAUGUGGGCUUGUAUCUCCGACUCGGAUGAUUUUGACAUCAAGAAAAUAAUUAUUAAAAUCAUCAACGCUGCUUCUGCUUCCAUUUCCAGUCCAGCUUCAGCUCCAAUGAUUGUUACUUUUGCUCACCAAGAAAAAAUCAACAACUUAGAUAUUGAGCAGUUACAAAGUCGUCUUAGACAUGAACUUUCUGGUAAGAAGUAUUUGCUUGUGCUGGAUGAUAUAUGGAAUGACGAUCGUGCAAAAUGGAUUGAGUUGAUAGAUUUGAUUAAAGUUGGUGCAACAGGAAGCCAAAUCAUAGUGACAACGCGUAGCAACUCAAUUGCUUCAAUGACAGGUACUCUUCCCUCUUAUGUUUUAAAAGGACUUUCUCAAGAUGAUUGUUUAUCUUUAUUUGUCAAAUGGGCAUUUAAGGAAGGGGAAGUGAUUAAAUAUCCAUAUCUUGUGGAGAUUGGAAAAGAAAUUGUCAAAAAAUGUGCAGGGAUUCCACUUGCUGUCAAAACAUUAGGAAGCUCGUUGUUUUCAAAAUAUGAUUUAAAUAAGUGGAUAUUUGUGAGAGAUUCUGAGAUAUGGAACAUAGAACAAAAAAGAGAUGAUAUUUUACCUGCAUUGAAGUUAAGCUAUGAUCAAAUGCCAUCCUAUUUGAGACAGUGUUUUGUUUACUUUUCUCUUUAUCCAAAAGAUUAUACCUUCUUUAGGAAUGAUAUAACUAGGCUUUGGGUAGCUCUUAAUUUAGUACGAUCUCGAAAUGGAAGUGAACAUCUAAUGGAUAUUGCAAGAGAAUAUAUAGAUGACCUCAAUUCUAGAUCAUUUCUUCAAGAUUUCAAAAUCGUAGGCUAUUUUGGCUCGUUCAAAGUACAUGAUUUGAUCCACGAUCUAGCUCGGUAUGUUGCGAAAGAGGAGUGUGUAGCAGUGGACUUGCAUACUAAGAAUAUACCUGAAUAUGUAAGACACUUAUCCUUUGUAGAAUAUAAUUCAACAGACAAUACUUUGUUUCCCAAGUCAAGAAAUUUGAGAACUAUAUUAUUUCCCAUCAAAGGAAAUGGCCUUGACAAGGGAACUUUGUUGGAUGCAUGGAUAUCAAGAUACACAUACUUACGAUAUUUAGAUUUGAGAUAUUCUUCCUUUGAGUCUUUGCCUAAUUCCUUUUCUAAACUGAAGCACUUGCGACUUCUCGACCUUUGUUAUAAUAUCAAAAUCAGAAGACUUCCUCAUUCAAUUAGCUAACUCCAUCAUUUGCAAGUCUUGAAACUCACCGGGUGCGUGGAGCUUGAAACAUUGCCUCAAUGGUUAGGGGGCAUGAUUAGCCUUCGGGAAUUGUUUAUAACAACAAAGCAAUCAACUAUGCCACUGACAUUAUUCACAAAAUUGAACAAUCUUCAAGUUUUGGUUUUCUAUAAGUGUGACAAUAUGAAGUUUCUAUUCAGUGAUGCACAAGAACUCACUUCUGUUGAAACAUUGAUUGUUGAAUUAUGUGGUAGUCUAGAGUCUCUACCGCUUAUUAUGUUUCCUAAAUUACAAACUCUAGUAGUUUCAGAGUGUGAGAUGGUAAACUUGUCAACGUACAACGAAAGCCCAACUCAAAUAUUGAUGAUCAAGCAUUUAUAUAUAGCAAGAUUUACGGGACUUCUAACGAUUCCUACUUGGAUUGAAGGUGUUGUGGAUACUUUAGAGACCUUACAAAUUUCUGGACUUCCCGAUCUUUGGAUACUUCCCGAGUGUCUAACAACAAUGACACAUCUUAAGAGGCUUUGGAUUUCUGGCUGCCCUCAACUAGUGAGUCUUCCAAUUGACUUCCAUCAUCUCACCGCCCUUGAACAUUUGUACAUAUAUGAUUGUCCUGAAUUAUGCAUAAAAUAUAAACCUGAGUCUGGUGAGUACUGGCCCAUAUUGGCUCCCAUGGAAAACACUUCAAUUGAAAUUCUAGAAAGGAAAGGUGGAGGAACGAAGUCGUCUACUCUUAAAGUUAAAUACAACUUUUUGUAAUGAAGAAUUCAAGUAGGUGAUUGCAUUGGAGAAGAUGAAUGCCAACAACAAAAGCCUUUAAAUUCUCAAAAUGUUUACAUUUUUAUGCUAACCGAAGAAUUUGAAAGUCAUUAUUUAUAUUUCCAAUUCGUAGAGAUUUAUGUUUGAAAUAGCAUUUGUGUUGAACUACAAUACUUCUUCCAUAAUGUAUGUUGUUAAUAUUUGCCGAUAUAAACCAUCAUUUAACUUAGAACAAUUUUAUGGGGCUUGGAUACAUGCCUAAUUGUCAAUCCAUAAAUAAAUAAAUAACUAGAUUAUUAUCGCUCGUGAAAAUGUUGAUUUAGGAAUUUAAUUAACAUGAAAUGGAAUGUCUUCAAAAUAUAAACAUCAAAAUAAUUAGCACAAUCACUACUAUGUGUAUCGGCAACAUCUACAUCCUCUCCUCUGUCUCUACCACCUCCUAUGCGUCUACCACCUCCUCUAUCGCAUCCUCUGCCUCUACAGUCUACUAUCCCACCCUUCCUGGCGCGGUGAUGCCUUAUAGUAACGCUUUGUUUGAAACCGCUAUGAAACAUGUGUCCUAUAAUAACACUUAGAUUGAAAGUGCAAUCAAAAUCAAACUGAAAAACGUAUUAUAAAGCGCAAAAUGUCCAC